CCUUUUUCAGUGCUGUGAAUGGCCAAUGGGAGUUGCCUAGUGGAGCAAACCCAGUGCGCUGCCUUCCCAUUCAUUCAGAGCAGAUCAGGCCUACAGAGCAAGAGGGAACGCAUUGAGGACGCUGCGUUUUUCUCUGUUUUUUUCCCCUCUCCGGAGCGCAGCGCAGAUUAAAUUAGACUUAAAAGCAAAGAAAACAAACGGCGCUCCUAUAAAACUGUUGGAUAUAAACUCGCAGUUCUCUCUGGACCUUUUUUGUUGUUGUUCUUCAACUUUUCCACCGGGGACUCCUCUAACUGGCUCCUCUCGCCUUCACCAAUCUGCAUCUCCAAGUGCGUAGCGGCGCCCCACGGGUGACUUCUUUGCUUUAACGGAGCUCCACCGUGGAUUUAUGCACGCGCACCUCAGCGCUGAACUUUUCCCCCACGCAGACGCCCAAAGCAAAGGGAAUAACGCAGGAUUCGGUUCCAGCUUGGAUUAUCUAACCCAGCGUUAUGCUUUAGACCUGCUCCUGUUGGAUGGAGUUUUACUAAAUAAUUUGGUUGAUGGAUUCCACGUUAUGGAUGCUUGCAUAUAGGUUUUCCAAUGCAUGUCCACGGUGAAUGUCGGAAGUGGUGAUCCCCCCAGAUGGAGCUCCAAAGUCAACAUGGCCCCGCCGGAUCAUUAGUGGUGAUCCAGCAGCCUUCCCUCGACACCCGGCAGAGGUCGGAUUACGAGCGGGAGCUCCAGCAUGCCGCCAUACUCUCUCUGGAACAAAUCAAGGCCAUCCGCUCCAGCAAUGAGUACACAGAGGGGCCCUCGGUGGCGCGGAGGCCCCCAGCACCCCGUGUGGCCCCCAGGCCCCAGGAUAAACCAGAAAGGACUCAUGAGGUCAUCCUUGUCAAUGUGAACAACAACUACGAGCGCCAGCCAUCGGGCCAUCACCACCACCACGGUGGGAGUAGCAUGGUGGUUGUGGCUGCGGGGCCUCAGUACGGCGGCUCUCGGGCCCCUGGACUCAGCCGCUCCACCAGCACAGGAAGUGCUGCCAGUUCAGGGAGCAACAGCAGUGCCUCCUCUGAGCAGGGACUCCUGACGCGUUCACCACCAACGAGGCCCGGGGUGGGCUUACAGCACCACCACAGAGCAGAGCGACCUGUUCGGACUCAGCCCAAAUCCAAGCCGCUAUUACAGCCCCAGCAGGGGCCUGGGCUCCACCAGACUCCCCUGGAGGCUCCACUUAAGCCCCCAACCAAAGGGAAAUCAGACUUUGGGGUAGUGGCCGCCGCCGGGCACCAGUUCAUCUGCGAGCGCUGUGGGAAGUGUAAAUGCAGCGACUGCACGGCCCCCAGGAGCCUGCCCUCUUGUUUGGCAUGUAAUGGACAGUGCCUGUGCUCGGCGGAGAGCGCACUGGAGCACGGCACGUGCAUGUGCCUGGUCAAAGGCAUCUUCUACCACUGCUCCAACGACGACGAGGGGGAUUCAUGCGCUGACCACCCCUGUUCGCUGUCACGCUCCCACUGCUGCUCCCGCUUCCUGUGCAUGGGAUUAAUGUCGGUACUCUUCCCCUGUCUGCUGUGCUACCCACCUGUCAAGGGCUGUCUGAAGGCGUGCCAGGGCUGCUAUGACCGGGUCAACCGGCCCGGCUGUCGCUGCAAGAACUCCAACACUGUGUAUUGUAAACUGGAGAGCUGGGCCCCACAGAGCCAGGAAAAGCCUUCCUGAUCGCUUCCUGUGUGUGUGCGUGUGCGUGUGUGUGUGAGUGCGCGCGGGACGCUCCUGACGUGGAUCAUAUGAUAACAGUAAAAAUAGUGACAGCCACAGAUUAAUGUUUAUCAAACAUUCUAAGCACCUCCCACAUGACUCCUCUCCUGGCUGCAGAACCCGAAGGAGCUACAAAGGAGUAACGAAAACCACUCAAUAAUUUUAUUAUUUUUUUGCUCUCUUCUGGAUCAGGACCAUGUUUUUUUGUUUUAUUUUACAGACCAGUGUUUGCCUUAAGUCUCUUUGUCUGUCCUCAGCUCCCUGAAUAACACUAUUUUUUAAAAUUCUAAUUCAAAAAAAUGAAAACGUGCUUCUUCCGUUUGAGGCGGGCAGUUUCUGGCGGCCCUGCACCUGUUAGGGGCUGCCUCCCACCAAAUCUGUGAAGGACGAUCUGUUUUUAGGGCGAUUAUGUAGCUGUUACCUGGUGUUCGUAGCAGACAGGUUUGUCGCUGCCACAUUAAAGCCGUGGCUCCUCUGCUUGUGUUGCAUUAACAAAAGCACAUCCAUCUCAUAGUAUUCUCCACUCGGAUAUGUUUCUCCUUCCACCCGCCUGGACUGUUCACACACGUUCUGUGGCAUUCUCCCAUGUUUUUGUUUUGUUUAUUUGUGUACAUUGUAUGCUCCAUAAGAGGAAUUUUGGCUAUUUUUAAAAAAAAGAAAAGAAAAAACAUGCCUGUUAAACAAUUUUUUUUUUUUUGUAAAAAAAUAUUUAUUAUGUGAAGCUCUAUUAUUUUAUGAUAUUUAUUGCAAGAGACAGUCUUAAAUUUACUCAUGUCUGAAUAUAACAAAAUAUCAAAAAUACUUACUGAAAAUUAAAGGGUGGCACAAAAGAAAACUAUGUUAACUUUAAUGCAGAAAAUAUAUUAAUUAAUGAAAAAUA